UUCUCGCCGGCCAGCUGGAACUUAUAAAUAUCCAAUAUACACACUUUCCCCCCAUUCACAACCAAUUCCCCAUUCAUGUCUACAAGUGUUCUCUCCUCUCAACCCACACUCCCACAAAAACAAGACCCUUUCACAUUAAUGGAAGAAGAAGUUCAAAACACAAUGGAAAGCUUCAGCUUCGAUCAUCCCCGCCGGAGAGACGAUCAAGAUCUUUCCGAGGAACUCUCAAAGCUGAGCUUUUUAUUAGAUGAUGAAGAAGAUGAAGAGGAAUGUUAUGAUGAUGACGAAACCGACGAGGAGGACGAGGACGAGGAAGAAGAAUUCUCUUUCGUCUGCAAUGACGGGGCGCUGUUAUCGCCGAUCGCGGCGGAGGACGUGUUCCGUGACGGGGAAAUCCGGCCGGUGUUCCCUCUGUUCAACCGGGAUCUUUUCUUGGCCGCCGUCGACGGUGGUUUGGAGGACUUGAGCCUAAAACGCCUAAAACAGAGGUUGCCGGCGACGCCGCAGGUUUACGUGGAGGCGAAUUGCGACCCUUCUCUGAAGGCGUCAUCUUCUUCUGCGGGGAAUGAAGAAAUCGCCGGGCCGUGCUGCCAGUGGUCAUCGCCGGAGAAGAAGAUAGCUGCCGAGGAGACGCCGGCGGCGGAUGUUUGUAAGAAGAGCAACUCGACCGGGUUUUCGAAGUUCUUGAGGUUUAAGGAAUUCAUUCACCGGAGUAACAGCGAGGGCAGGGACGCAUUUGUGUUCUUUAAACCUCCGGCGCCGGCGAAGGGAUCGGAGAAGAAACCGGCGAUGGAGAACAGGGGCACCGACGGGGAAGUCAAAGUCAAAGUCCCGGCGGAAGUCAAAGUCAAAGUUGCGCAAAAGAAGAAAAAGAAGAGUGAAAGCGCGUUGGCCCACGAGCGUUUCUUGAGAAGUAAGGCGAAUGACGGUCGUGGACGGCGGCGGUCGUACCUGCCUUACCGGCCGGAGCUCGUCGGACUUUUCACUAAUGUCAACGGCGGGCUAACGAGGAACGUACAUCCUUUUUAAGCAGGAUGAUUAUUCAAUUGAUUAUUUAUGGUUUACGGUAAACAUUAACUCUAUAUCUUUAAUAAGCAAGUGACAAUUUGUAUUUGUAAUUAAUGUGUAUGUACAUUUUUUGAGGGGUUAUGACUUAUAUGACCAAGUGUAUGUAAUUAUGCACGAAUACAUUUAUUUGAGUUUGGGUGCCAAUAUGAGAUAAUGUUCUUUUUCUUGAAGCA